AGAUUCCUUUGCCGAAUGCCGACAACAGUUCAUCUCGAUAAACAAGGUCCCAUUCGUCGGUUCUCUACGGACAAAAUGGCUAGAGCGAUCCGUUACUUUGAGCUCAACACCGGAGCUAAGAUCCCCUCUGCUGGACUUGGAACUUGGCAGGCUUCUCCUGGCGUUGUUGGCGCUGCUGUUGCCACUGCCAUCAAGCUUGGGUAUCGGCAUAUUGAUUGUGCUCAAGCCUAUGGGAACGAACAAGAGAUCGGUUCUGUUCUGAAGAAAUUGUUUGAAGAUGGUGUUGUGAGGCGUGAAGAUCUUUGGAUAACCUCCAAACUCUGGUGCACUAAUCAUGCACCGGAAGAUGUUCCGGUGGCGUUAGAUAGCACCUUGCGAGACUUGCAGCUGGACUAUCUAGAUCUCUAUCUGGUUCAUUGGCCUGCCAGCAUGAAAAAGGGGGCAGUUGGAUUUAAGCCUGAGAACCUUACUCAAGCCAACAUACCCAGUACAUGGAAAGCGAUGGAGGCUCUAUACGACUCCGGCAAGGCUCGAGCUAUUGGAGUAAGCAAUUUCUCUUCGAAGAAGCUCGGAGAUUUGCUGCAGGUAGCUCGUGUUCCUCCUGCGGUGCUGCAAGUGGAAUGCCAUCCUGUCUGGCAGCAGCCGAAGCUACACGCAUUCUGCGAAUCCAAGGGAGUCCAUAUAACUGGUUACUCACCACUGGGUUCCCCGGGCACGGGUACGGUGAAGAAAGAAGUCCUCAAGCAUCCAGUGCUGAAUAUGGUCGCAGAGAAAUUGGGCAAGUCCCCUGCUCAAGUUGCUCUACGUUGGGGGCUGCAAGUGGGUCACAGUGUUCUGCCUAAGAGCACAAAUGAAGAGAGGAUCAAACAAAACUUUGAUGUUUUCGAUUGGUCCAUACCCGAAGACUUGUUUGCCAAGUUUUCUGAAAUAGAGCAGGAGAGGCUGAUCAGAGGCAGCGGGUUCGUACACGAAACAUUCGGGGCAUACAGGACCUUCGAAGAGUUGUGGGAUGGUGAGAUCUAAACACACACCAAGACUUUGAGGUCUAAGCUAUUUAUAUGCCUUUAUAUAUGUAGUUAUGUGAACUAUAACUUUAUAAUAUGUGAUGAUAUUAGGACACAAUUCCAUAUCAACAUGCUUUCACUUUGCCAAUAAAAUGCUUUCUCCUUGUUACGUUA